GGAUAACAAUAUGGGUUCGUUAGAACAACAGAUGGCUCUAUUUGAGGAGCUGAUCUCCCAAGAACAGGCUCCUACAAAUGGUAUCCUGGUUCCUACCCAAACUCUUGUUAGUCUGGCUCCGGGGUUCAUCAACCGCCCUAAUCCUGUUCAAGUGGUCACUAGCCGACCUGCUGGAAUAAUAGCAUCUACAGCAUAUAGAGGUCCCACAGCAGUUCAAGUUACAGGAUUGCAGCCUCCUGGCAUAGUAACAACUGUUGUAAGUCGACCUCGACCUGUGGUUACCAGCAUUCCUGCUCAGCAACUCCGACCUUCCUUAACUCCCAUGAGAAGUAUUCUAUCUUCAGGUAUCGUGAACACAGCACAUAUAGUCAAUUCAACCCCAUCUUUGGAUAACAUUCCUUUACCACGUGCUUCAAACGCCAAUACUGUGGACAAAGCUGCACCAGCUCCUGGAUCCACAGCCUUCAUUAACAUACAUCCCUCUAGAAUACCUUUACCCCCAACUCCUGCCCCUCCUCCAACAUUCGAACCUGAGCAGCCACAACAGAAACGAGCCAAAAUCACUCCGAGACUGUACGAAAAGCAGUCUGAAAGUUUGGAACUCAAAGCUGCCAUCGCAAAGGCAACAGCAGCUGCCAAUGCAACAAACAGUCAGAAAUAUCCACAGCCUCAGAUGAACCACAAUCCACAUGGUGGAUCACAUCGUAAUCAACAGUACCAAGGCCAAGGACAAGGAAGAGCGCCCCUGCCCGGUCCGAGACCUCCAGGUCAAGGGAUGCCGCCACCACCGCCCCCAAUGGGACCGUUACCACCUCACAUGCGACCACCUCCACCUCCGCACAUGGUACCCCCUCCGCCCCACAUGGGACAUGGGCCUCACCCUGGCCAGCCCAUGCCACCAAUGAUGCCACCUGACCAGAUGAACAUGUUCUUCCAGGGCAUGCCUCCUACUUCGACGCCGAACCCAGAGGAUGCUGUGGGCCAGGGAGAGGUGGCGAAUAAGAAAGGGAAGAAGAAAGGGGAGAAAAGGGAGAGGAAGAUGAUCAGGACUGCUGCUGGAGAUGUGUGGGAAGACACUAGUCUUAUGGAGUGGGAUGACAAUGAUUUCAGGAUAUUUGUUGGAGAUAUAGGAAACGAAUGUAACGACGAGAUGUUGUAUCGUGCAUUCUCAAAAUACCCCUCUCUCGUCAAAGUGAAAGUUAUCAGAGACAAGAGGUCCAAUAAGACGAAGGGGUACGGGUUUGCGAGCUUCAAGGACUCGGCAGACUAUGUAAAAGCGAUGAGAGAAGUCAAUGGAAAAUACAUCGGAAACCGUCCCUGCAAACUGCGAAAGAGUUCCUGGAAAGAUAGACAACUUACAACUGUACGAAAGAAGAAUAACGAAAAACAGAAGCUAGGACUGAAGAUAUAAUUUAAAUUCUGUAAAUUUAGCUGUAUAAUAUGGUAUAUUCAGAGCUGCACAUCAUGCGAACAUUUCGUUAUAUGUGCGUCACGUUUCUUACAAAAUCACAUUAUUGUAACUCCUAAGAUUUGAAGGCAUUGACUUAUACUAAAAUCUAGGUCACUGUUUACUCCAAAUAUUACCACUUGCCUGGGCUAUAAACGGUGAUAUAUAUCUUUGCACUUGUACUUCAAUAACCUUAAACUUGACUCGAUGUUCUUAGAA